AUGUUACAUCUGGUGAAAAUGUUCCCUGCCGCGCACGGCGGGAAGGCCUGGAGGGGGGAGGUCUGGGCAGGCCUCGCAGCUGCCCGCCCCCGUCAGAGCACACGGCGUGACCACUGCCACACUGGUAGGAAGUCGCCACAUGUACUUGUGACCAAAGAAGAUCAUGAGACUCCAAGCAAUGCAGAGCUGGUGGCUGAUGACACCAACAACACCUACGAGGAGCAUGGAUUGAUACUGCCCACUGGAGACUGCCCUUGCCUCAGGGGCGUGGCCAGUGGCCCCUGCGGGCAGCAGUUCACAUCCGCCUUCUCCUGCUUCCACUACUGCAAGGAGGAGAUCAAGGAAUCAGACUCUGUAGACCAGUUCUGGGCCAUGCAGGAGUGUAUGCAGAAAUACCCGGAUCUCUAUCCCCAAGAGGAUGAGGAAGAGGAGGAAGGGAAAACACCAGCAGAAGGAGUGGCAGAAGCAGCUGCGAGUGAGGCCACUGCAAUCAAAGAAGAGAAGGGACCCAGCUAA